UGUUCUUCCCGUCCAAAGAAAUGCACUGUAGGUUGAUUUGGCAUGUCCAAAAUAUCUGAAGUGUAUGAAUGUGUAUGUGAUUGUGCCCUGUGAUGGAUUGGCACCCCGUCCAGGGUGUACCCCGCCUCGUGCCCGAUGCUCCCUGGGAUAGGCUCCAGGUUCCCCGUGACCCUUAAGAAUAAGCGGUAUAGAAGAUGGAUGGUCAGAAGGUGUUGAUUAGUUUUCUGUAGCAGCUGCUCUGACAGUCGUUCUUGCUGAAAGGCGAAUCAUUCUAACGCUUUAUCAUUUCAAUUAUGGAUUAAAAACGUCUUAUUUCAUAAAGAGUUGCUUGGUGAAGUUUUUUUGCCCAGGAGUAAAGUUUUGGCACUCUUUUCUUGCUUUGCUUUGAGUUCAUAGAUCGUCUAUGAACCUAGAAAUAUUACAUCAUAGAAAUAUUACAUCAUCUUCCUUUUUUCCCCCCCACGCUUUCUUUUUCUCUCCUCACACAGAUGACCGAGGGACGUAUGUGCCAAGUUCAGCUUCUGGACAACAGAAAACUGGAGCUGCUGGUUCAGCCGAAGCUGUUGUCCCGUGAACUUCUGGAUUUAGUCUCGUCUCACUUCAACCUGAAAGAGAAAGAGUACUUCGGGUUCACUUUCGUUGAUGAUACUGGUCAGUGUAGAUGGCUGCAGUUGGACCGCAGAGUAUUGGAACAUGACUUCUCCAAGAAGACCGGACCCAUCGCCCUCAACUUCCUGGUUAGGUUUUACAUUGAGACCAUUUCUCUGCUGAAAGAGCACACGACGGUGGAGCUGUUCUUCCUCAACGCUAAAACCGGCAUCUAUAAUGGUGACAUUGAGGUGGAGAGCGAACUGGUUUUUAAAUUGGCUGCUCAUGCUCUGCAGGAAGCUAAAGGAGAUUAUACAAGUGAUGAGGCCACCAGGGAGGAUUUAAAGAAACUCCCAACUCUGCCAACGAAAGUGCUGAAGGAGCAUCCGUCUCUGGCAUACUGUGAGGAGAGAGUGAUUGAGCAGUAUAAGCUGCUGAAGGGUGUGUCGAGAGGACAGGCCAUCGUACAGUAUUUAACGCUGGUCGAGUCGCUGCCUACGUACGGAGUCCACUAUUACGAAGUGAAGGAUAAACAGGGCAUGCCGUGGUGGCUCGGGAUCAGCUACAAGGGAAUCGGCCAAUAUGACAUCCAGGAUAAAAUCAAACCUCGACGGUUGUUCCAGUGGAAGCAGUUGGAGAAUCUGUACUUCAGAGAGAAGAAGUUUGCAGUGGAGGUGAACGAUCCUCACAGGCGAGCGGUGACUAAGCGUACGUUCGGACAGACGGGUUUGGUGAUCUAUACGUGGUAUGCUACUCACUCUCUGAUCAAAACCAUCUGGGUGAUGGCCAUCAGUCAGCAUCAGUUCUACCUCGAUCGAAAACAGAGCAAGGCUAAAAUGACCGCAGCCAGGAGUUUAGGAGACAUCGCAGUGGACCUGACGGAAAACGGCGCCGCCAAAACCACUAAACUUAACGUGGGGACCAAAAAUCAGCUCAUCAUGGCCAGCAACGGAAGCCUCGUCUCAACCGGUUCUGCAGACUCAGAGAUGAACGAUGAGCAGAAAAAAGAGAAGCUGGCUGAAUUAAGGGUGAAGGAGAAAGAAAUCCAAGACAUCCUGAACCAGAAAAUGGCCGAGCUGAAAGAGAUAUGCCUGAGGGAAGCGGAGCUGACUGGUAAACUCCCUAAAGAGUACCCAAUGAGUGUGGGUGAGAAACCUCCUGGCGUCAGAAGGAGAAUCGGCACAUCUUUUAAACUGGACGACCUUUUCCCAUAUAAUGAGGAUCCAUACCUGAGGAACCUGGAGAGUCGUUUUGCUCUGCAGCGGAAGAUCGUGGAAGCGGCGAAAAAGCUGGCGUCGGAACCCGACAUCGGCAAAACGGUGAAGAAGAAGCGGAGGAGGAACUGCCUGGAUGCCAUGCAGAAACUUCAGGAGAUCGAGGAUGAGAUGAACCGCUACCGUGUCAAGAAGGGCAAGAGACCCACGCAGAGAGCCUCGCGGAUCAUCGCUGAAGAACUGGGUCAGUCAGAAUGCAGCUCCCUUUCUGACAGCCAUCCUCUGGAUGACAAUGAUGUUAGUCAGCGGCGGCGAUCUCGCUCCCUGCAGUGUUCUCCGUUACUCAACGCUCCUCCUCCGGUCAGCCUGGACUACGACACGCAGAGACGAUCCUCCGAGAGCGACACACAGCACGACACUGCGCUAAGCAGACUGGAGUGUGAUGUUCAGCCUGGUUUGUACUACGCCUCUCAUGACGCCUCCUCGGCUAGCAGCAGCCCGUAUAAAACCGUCCCUCGCAGGCAGGCUGAGCUCCACAACGUCGCACAGACCCUCGCCAUGACCCGUAACGCCUACAGCAGCAGUCAGCUCGGGUCUGAGGAUCCAGCCCACGCCUUCCGGCACCGCAGUGGGAGCUUGGAGUCUCAGUCUCAUUUCCUCUGUUAUUCCGGUUCUGAGAGAUCCGUUUAUCCAGGUCGCCGCAGCAACAGCACCGAGGUCCUGGACGAUUGUUCGUCUUGCACGAGUGUGUCCAGCGCCGAUUUCGGUCCUCCGUGUCCUUCCACUCCUCCGUACCUCAUCCCUUCAUCCCUCCAUCACCAACACAGCACGGGCAGCAUGCCAAACCUGGUGCCCCACCACACACACACUCACGCUCACACACACACUCACCCUCGCACACCGUACAGCCCUGCUGCAUAUUACGUACCCGGCUAUGCCGCUGCUGACUAUGAGCCCUACACUAACGCCAAUGCUAAUGGUGCUUAUGUAUACGAGAAUGAACUCGAAGGACACUACAAUGUCAAUCCCUCAUACCAUGCGCACGGGUACCAUGGAAACGGACGCAGCAAGAAUUACGGGAUGGUGCACAAUCCCUAUGCAACAUUAAGACCUCCAAGAAGCAGGAAUGAACUUUUGGCUAAAAGCAUGCAGAAAGCGUUAGUGGUGGAGCACCUGAGAGGCUGGUACAACCGCAAUACUGCAGUACGGAGGCCAGUCUACGGCUACGAAUAUGACCGAGGGUACCAACAUCAUCUGGGCUAUCAAACACUACCAGCUCCAUUUAGCAGAUCCAGCAGGACCAGCUCUUAUUCAUCAGUGUCCUCUACAGCUAGCGGAGGGACAAACUGGCACACUAAUGCAGAUUUGGGGCGGAGUGAGAGUGAAGCGGAUGGAGACGUGACACCAACAUCCCAAAAGUCCUUCGCUGGAGCGUACAGUCCAACUCGCAGCAGGUUUCCUGCUGAAUGCAGUCCGUCCAGGCGUGCCGAUUCUCUCCCACACACUUCUGACUGUGGUGAGGUGUUCAGCACCGAUACAGACCAUUAGAAGAAGCACAACAAGACCGGUAUGAUCCAAACCAACUUCAUUCACAGCAUAAUCAUUUCUUCUACAUGCAGUGAUUUACAUCUGAUUUUGAUGUGUUUGUUUUUUUUUGUUUUUUACAGUGUACACAGAUGCUGCAGUUUAUAUUGCAAUGUAUUUUGCUUUUUUUAAUUUUAUUAUUAUUUAUUGGAGGACCAAAUCGCUACAACAGCAGCACAGCACACAUGGGGGGCGAAUCGUCUUCGCCUGUUUCCUGGAAAACGCAGAAAAAGGAUUUUUUUUUUUUUUAUUGUGCCUUGGAACGAAAAGUUCAGUCAGAGAGUUUUUAAUCAGAGCGUGAUCAAAUGGUGAUAAAAUAUUAUGUGACAAAAAGUUGGAAGGGUUCAUUUUUAAAACUCUAUCUAAUCCAAAUUUGUUCAGCGGUAUCGGUCCUAAUCCACUGACGCUCAUGCUAUUUCGUAUAUUGAACUGAGACUGUAGUAAGCCACACCUCUUUUUUUUUUUUUUUUUUUUUUUUUAAAUUGGUUUUGUUGCCUAGUAACAAUCAUUUCUAAACCAAGGCUGCUGGCAGCCAGACAAAAGAAAAAGUGAAUGAAAGAUAAUAGCUGUGUCUCAAAUUUGGAGUUUUGUUUUGUUUUUGUUUUUUUGAUAAUUUUUUUUAUUGUGAGCUCUGUGAUAGGUUAAUAUGCAGAUGAUGUACUAAAACUGCCAGGAAAGGAAGUAUGCUCCACAGUAUAUAGCAGAAGGGAGCAGAGAAAUUAGAGGGCUUUAAAAUGGCUGACAACACACUGAGCAAGAUUGUUGCAACAAAAACAGAUAAAAAAAAAAAAUUAAGAGGGAAGAUUUUUGGCCAGCCAUUUAAAAAAAAUAAAACUAAAAAAUUUCCCUGGAGGCUCAAUGAUCUAUUUGCGUUUAGCACUAAAUGUUAGCGUUCGUUUACUUUAUUGUACAAACACCCAGGUAUUAGAUAGUCCAGAACAAAAGUGUAUAGUGUGAGAAUAGACUGCACAGAACUUAAGAAUGAGCCUGUAAUGAAAUCAUCAACAAUUUUCUGAUUUUUUUUUUACUAAAUGAUGCUGAAACAAACAAGAAUUUCUAUCCUGAUUAGCGAAUCUCGUGAAAACAUAUUUGUCUGAACACCGAUUUACGAUUCAGAAGUCGUCUUAGUACGGGGCUAAAGUGUGUACAGGUCAAAAUAGACACGUGCUGAACUUAUAUUAUGAUCACCAUUAUGGGUUAUGGGAUUGCCUUGCAAAGGUCCUCAGAACACAUGGGCUACUUAGGCAGACCCACUAGGGACCUCCCAGGGAUAGCGUUCAUGAAAAACAAACACCGUCCUUGGUGAUUAUUACAGCAUGUCAUAUAACGAUUCUCGGUGCAGAGAUUUUGUGUUUUUGGUGAAAAUAAUGAAAUCUAGCCAUAUUAAAUCAAGCUGCCUUUUUACACUCUGUGUUUUAGUCCUAUAGCACUGUUUUUUUUGUUGUUUGUUUUUUUAGAUGAAUGAAUGUUACGAUGUCAGGAGAAUUAGUAAUGUCCUCUGACUGUCUGUACAAAAGCAAACUGAUGUCUGGAAGAAAAAAAAAAAAACAAAACAAAAAGAAAACGGACAGACAAACAUGAAAACGGUCCAACGCUUCUGAGUGCACAAGCGAAUACUGAGUUCUUAAACACUAUGUAAUAUAAUGUAAUGUAAUAUAGUUCUUCGUAGUACUCAAACUAGGAACGUUUUAAAAAUCGGACUCGUUUCUAAUGACCGAUAAAAGACGAAGCAGCGCUUGGUUGUGCACUCAGACAUUCAGACCCUAAAUGAGCAAAUUAAAAAAAUAUAUAAAAAAAAAAA